AUGAUCGCAAAGAAAAGCAUUAAUCUCGACUGGGAAUUCAAGUUGUCUCUUUUGACCGACCUGAUUAAGGGCAUGAAAUUCAUUCACGGCUCAAACCUUCGAGUCCACGGGAGGCUAAAGUCCAGAAACUGCGUUAUUGACGGCCGCUGGGUACUAAAGAUUACGGACUUUGGCAUACCCGAAAUUUAUGCCUUAUACAAUAACUACCCGCCAGAAAUGCCCGAGGACCAGUUGUGGACCGCACCCGAACUCCUACGAGACGAGGCCGCAGCCUUCGUUGGAACACAACGGGGUGACGUGUACUCAUUCGCCAUCGUACUGCACGAGAUAUUCUUCCGUACAGCUCCCUAUGGACUACCGGACACACCUGCGGAGGAGAUAAUCGGCAAGGUCUGGGCGGGAGAUCCUCUCUUUCGUCCAGAGAUUGCCAAGACGGAUAUACCACCAGCGUAUCUAGAAAUCAUGCAGCGAGCUUGGUCCGAAAAACCGGACCACAGACCGACCUUCGACGAAAUGAACGAGCAUUUGAAGCUCAUGACUAUGGGAAAGUACGUCCGUAAUUCAUCCUUCUCAGCAAAAGAAGUUUAUCAUUGA